AUGAGCAGCAGAAGUUACUUCUUGCUGCUAAAAGACUUGAGAGACUUGGAAGAGAACCAGUAUACGGGUAUUACUGCCUUUCCUGUAAGUGAAGACAAGUUGAAAUGGGAAGCUAGUAUUGAAGGUCUAAAGGAUACAAUUUGGCAUGGAAUAUACUUCCCGCUGACAAUAAAUUUUACAGCAGAAUAUAAUCUCGUCCCUCCAGUUGUGAAAUUUAAACUCAUUCCUUUUCAUCCAAAUGUAGACCAACAUACUGGUCGACCCUGUAUAGAUUUUUUGGACGACCCUCGUAAGUGGAAAACAAGCUAUACAUUGAGCAGCAUCUUACUCACCCUCCAGUUUAUGCUUUCUAAUCCAGUGCUAGAAAAUCCAGUGAAUCUGCAAGCAGCCCAAACACUGGUUGAAAAUGAAACUGUAUACAAACUAAUAGUUCAGAGACUUUUCCGUGAGAAAUUACCAUUGGAUAAAGACAGCAGCUCUGAUUUAUCUAAAGACUCAAAUAAAUUAAUCAGAGCAAUUAGAGUCUCAUUUGACGAUUACCACAAGACCUGGUCUGAUCUAGCUACGUCCAAGGCUGCGGAAAGUUUCAGAACCCCACUGCUCGAGAAUCCAGGUUUCAUUGGACAGUAUCAUAAGUGGAAGAAAAUGGAGCAAAAACAUCAGAAAGAAUGGAAUUUAAAGUAA